CGUCUCUUCUCCGUCUUCACUACUCGCUCGUUUGGCGCCACAUCGAUAAUACUCCACGCAUUUUCCCUACCUAUUUUUUUUUUAAUUAUUUUUUUUGUAAUAUUCUUAUUUAACUAGAGGUGGCUUAUUAUCAGAGUUUUAAUGUCCCGUCGCGACAGACGCUUAACAAAAUGGAGCUAUCAAACAAACUCCGUUGGAAUCAAUUCCUGAUUUUGGCAACAGCACUUAUGUCACCUGCGUUAACGGUGCUAUGUAAUGACAUCCUUAGCCUGAAGGUGGCAGGAGAUCCAGUUCUAACCCCUCACUCCGUGUGCCUGAGACUGGUAGGCCUCAGCAAACGUCAGAUGCGGAUGUGUAUGCGUAGUCCCGACGUGACGGCAUCCGCCCUGCAGGGCAUCCAGGUGGCCAUUCACGAGUGCCAGCACCAGCUGCGCGACCAGCGAUGGAACUGCUCCUCGCUGGAAAGCUUCGGGAAGCUGCCUCACCACAGCACCAUCCUCAGCAGGGGUUUUCGCGAGAGUGCCUUCUCCCUGGCCUUGCUGGCAGCGGGUGUGGCUCACUCUGUGGCCUCUGCCUGCAGCAUGGGCAAGCUGCGGGGGUGCAGCUGUGAGGCCAAACGUCGCCAGGACGAUGACAAGAUCCGGCUGAAACUCACACAGCUGCAGCUGCAGACUCUGCAGAAGGGCGGGGUAGGCAUCGGCAUGACCAAAUCAUUACCCUCAGAUCUAAAUGGGCACCAUGGGAAUCUACCGCCCGACCUACACUCUGCCCACACGUCUGCCAUGCUCAAGCCUUUAUCAGAUGACUUAAGCUCUAUGCAGGACACCUGGAUGUGGGGGGGCUGCAGUCAUGACUUGCGGUUUGGGGACCGUUUUUCAAGAGACUGGCUUGAUUCCCGUGGCUCUCCAAGGGACAUCUAUGCGCGCAUGAGGAUACAUAACAACCGCGUAGGGCGACAGAUAGUGACUGACAACAUGACAAGGAAGUGCAAAUGUCACGGCACAUCAGGGAGCUGUCAGUUCAAGACCUGCUGGUACGUUUCUCCAGAGUUCCGCGUUGUUGGAUCUCUGCUCAAGGAAAAGUUCUUGUCGGCCAUCUUCGUCAACUCCCAGAACAAAAACAAUGGCGUCUUCAACCCUCGAACAGAGAACAGCGCCCGCAGAAGCGCUGGGGGAUUCAGCGGAGGGCGCCGCAGAAGCAUGUCCAGGGAGCUGGUGUAUUUUGAGAAGUCGCCCGAUUUCUGCGAGCGCGAUGCGUCGAUAGAUUCUCCAGGUACGCAGGGACGCAUCUGCAACAAAACGAGCUACAGCACAGACAGCUGCAGCUCGCUGUGCUGCGGCCGCGGGCACAACAUCCUCCGGCAGACUCGCAGCGAGCGUUGCAAUUGUCGAUUUCACUGGUGCUGCUACGUUCUGUGCGAGGAGUGUCGCCUCACAGAGUGGGUGAAUGUGUGCAAGUAGAUCCAGCUUUUGUUUUGCUCUUUGUGCAACUACUCUUGAGAAUCUGUUUAUCCCCCUCAUUUUGCGUGCGUGUUUUUUUUAAGUCCAUCAUCUGGGAUCUAUUUUCUCUGCAUAGCUGCUGUGAUCCCAAAAUGCCAAGUCAGAGAUUGAAGAGGUGACUCAUGUCAUUUGUCUUGCCAUGGCCUGUUUAGACGCUACCCUCUCAGCCAUGAAGAGGGCCCACACUCCAGUAUUUCUACCCCACAGAAAACUGGAGAAACAGCAGAGGAGCGCUAAAGUCUCAGUCUUUGCUUUCUUAUUCGUCUUGUUGUACAGUAGCUCUGUAUUUUAUUGCGUGAGUGUAUAUUUGUAAAUGCACCAUUUGUUAAUAUGAUUAUUGUCUCAGAGUGUUUAAUGUUGGUUUUAGCGAAUGACAGAAAAGGGAACUGCCAACAUUAUCUGAAAGAUGAAUAUAAGGUUUCGGGAUCUUAGCAUCUUAUAAUCCGUUCAGUAUAUACUAAUCAUGGAUAUUUUUGAUUCCACCACUCACACAGUGCUACAUGAUACAAUUUAGUUAGCUCUUAUUUUUAUCUUUCCGUAUUAAAAGAAAUCUCAGCCACAAUUCCAAUACAGUGGUUCAAAAACAGUCUCAUUAUCUUAAAAUCAGGGAUUAGGGACAAACUCUUGAUCCUUCCAUUGAGUGAUCAGCAUCAGUCAAUCAAAGUCACAAGAAGACAUCUACGUAUGCAAUUAUCAGUUCUUUACUAGGAAUCAACACUAAAUGAAUACAAUCAAGCACUAAUACACCAUAGAAUUAACCUUUAAUCUAAAUAUCAGUCACACAAAACAAACAUAAAAACAAAGACACUACAAUAGCUCAAAAAGUCCAAGAGUUUUGCUUAUUCGCUCACUGCCAUAUUUCAGGUGGGCUGACUGGGAAAUUGCUUUGGUUUUAGCUGGGAUGUCAUUCUGAAACUCUCAUGCUGGCUGCUUUGCCCCAGGUUAUUGGAUGCCUUGAACACACAUCCAAGGUGAGGGGAGGGAAAUUAAAAUUUUAAAAAAAUUUAAAAAAAAAAAAAAAAAAAAAAAAAAAGAGAGAAAUGUUGCACAGCUUACCAUGCGAACUAAAAUACAGUAUUUGGCACAACCGGAUCUGUAAUGAGUGAUGACUCUGCUCUGACUCGAUCGAGCAAGUCUUCCUUCCUGCAGUUCACUGGGGAGCUCAAACUUUCAGGGUAGGAGACGUCACAAGGGACAGAUUGACCAAUCGGAUGUGCACCUGGGAUAAUGUGAGAACUGUUAAAAAGUUGAUUAAUACUGUUUUUAUAAAACCUGUUCCUUAUUUUAACACUCCAACACUUGUUGACAUUUUGUUCACAAAAUAUCAACAAAUUAUCACUUCAGCUAUAACCCCUAACCGAGUCUGUUUUCAGUUUACUAUUUUUCUAAAACAUGUCAACAUUACAUUGAAUAAUAAAAAAAAAACCUUAACAUAAGGUUUCAUUCAUUAGUUAGAAUUAAAAGUUGUGACUAACCUUGCAUUAUUUCCAACAUCAUUGGGCUUUCUAACUUAAGGAAUAAAAUGAUCAAUUUUAAUUACACCUUUUUUCCAGCCUAAGUUACAUGGAGCCUUACCAGGACUGUUUGACAUUUAGAUGAACAACUUGAUCAUAUCAAACCAUUAAUAUCAUUAAAAUCCUCACAGUUUGGAGACUUCAGGAGGUCAACUGCAAGAAUGAGUUUGCUUAGACUACAUCUAUGGUCCAACAAGGGCAUCCGAUGGAUCUGGAGGAAAGCAGCUCUUGUAGGUGAAAGGUCAAAUUUAAGGUGUCCAUGUGCAUUACAUCGGUUGGACCAAAUUCAUUUAAAUUAAUCACAAUUAAAAUUAAAAUCAGUCAAAUGCUAAUGGGGUGUUUGUUUUGGACGCUCUCCAGAACCAACAUAAAAUGUUUAAAUGUCUUUCGCAGAGAGUCCAGCAAAGAUUGUUGGGAAAAAUUACUGCUGUGAAAAAGAGUCUUCCUCUUUACAGAUGCUUCAGAUCAUAAUACAAAUGUGUUGUCAGACAAAGAUGCCAAGAAGCAAAAACAUAAUUAUCAGUUAUCAAUGAUGAAUUCAUUCUUUAAGGGAUGAAUUUAAUAACUAGUUCACAAAUGAAACUUUCGCCAAACAGUCUUGAUAACUGCCACUGAUUUUUUUUUAAUGUCACAAUAAGAGGAGUUCAGCCCGCUUCUCUUUACAGAAUUGCUUUAAUUUUCUUAUGCAUGAAUGAUUCAUUCAAGUUGGCAACACAGAAAUUCAAUCAGAUUGAGUUCCAGACUUUGACUAGGCCAUUUAAAAAUCUUAAUAUCUGGCAGAGGUUUUAGGAGGGUAGAGAGACUGUAUCUGUUCACCGCUAUGUUUGACUUUUGGUAUGGUACUUGUUUUCCUGAAAUGUUGGUCUUAUGUCAGUUUUAAUGGGACGCGCACCUUUCAGAAAGUUUGCCUGUUGUCUCGUCAGCCCACGAAGGUUUCACACAAAAAUCUUGGGAAUAAUUUAAAUGUUUUUUUGUUGUUGUUUUGGCAAAUGUCAGAUGCAUAUCAUUACAUAUGGUUCUGGGUUAUUUUGUGACCUCCCGGAUGAGUUAUUAAUAGUUUUUUUGUUGUUGUUGGUUAGCCCCUCCUAGGAGAGUUCACCACCGUUCCAUGUUUUCUCAAUUUGUGGAUAAUGGCUCUCACUGUGAUUCAUUAGAAUGCCAAAGCUUUAGCAAGGAAUAUGUAACCCUUUAAAAACUGAUAAAUACCAAUAACUCUACUUUUUAUCUGUUGUUUAAUGUCUUUAGAUGUUUCUCUUUUUUUUAAUCUUUUCGCUUGCUUCGUGUCAUCAGACAGGUACUGUUUAAGUGAUUUCUUGAUUGUACAGGUCUGGUAAUAAUCAGACCUAGCUUGGCUAGUGGAACUGAGCUGAGCUUUCCUUCAAAUGUGGUUUAAUCAGAGUAAAUUCAAUGAUGUAACAAUGGUGGAAAAUCUGCAUUUUGCUCUGGCUUUACUCUGAUUAUCUUUGUCUGAUAAUAGUUUUUGAUCAUCAGGAACAUUUGUGCAGGGGGAAAACCUUUUUACAGCACUGUGUAAAUGUUUUCCCAAUAUCUUUGCACUCCCAAAAAGUCAAUAUAUAGGAGUCGAUACGUCGGUUUAGAAAAACAAUUAAUGUUAAUUCUGAUUGAUAUGACGCAAAUAUGUCUCCAUUUGGUAUAUCUACAAUGUGAUGUGUGUCGGCUUUCUUUUAUAUCAUACUAUAAUCCUGCUUUCUCUGUUUCACUUGUUUAAGGGCUCUUUAGAUUCUUCCCACAUGUACCACAUGUCAAAGUGAGAGAUGGGCCUACUUUAGUCCUGAAGUGAUGCUCAGGGUUGUGUGUGUUGGCCUGAGCACGUGCACGUCUGUGUUUAAUACUGUGUAAAUGUGGGGAUAAGCUUGAUGCACUGCAGAUUUGGGAGGUGAGAGGCUUUUUUAUGGCCACUCCACGCUGAGAGAAGGACAUUUUAUAGCCGCAGGAUAUUGUUUCCCUAAAGUCUAACUUUUAUUACUGGAGAGCCGCAUCGAGAAGGAGCAGAGAGUUGGUGGUGAUUAUACCAGUCUUUUGCUGCGUGAGGAUCUGAGGGGAUCAUCUGUCCAGAGUUCAUAGCCAAGGAUGUAACUUGUUGAACCACUCGCUGCCCGGGACGCUCCAUGGCUGUUGCUGAGGGGACAGACCAGCGAAAAAUAUAAACACACGUAUAGAAACAGACGCAUCUAGGCGGAUAAGACGUGUGUAUGUCGAAGCACAUACACACGGCACAAUCAAAACCAUGCGCGCGUGCACGAACUGUGGAUGUAGCAAAAUGCUAAUGUCGCCACAGGACUUGAUUUAUGAUGACUGCAUUCCUGGAUAUCUUAGAUAAUCCAAACUGUCUUUGUGCUCAGCCUGCUGGGAAAAGCCUUUCUGCCACAUAGGAUUUAAUGCCAAUUAAGUUUUGUUUGUAGGGACUUUGGUAAAUAUCCCUCGACUCCAGAGGAAUGACAGUGCCAGUGGCUGAGUUGACUGCUCUCCCCCUUUUAUAUCUUUUUUUUUUUUUUUUUUGAGGGAGUUGUGGAGGGGUUACGCAGGGAAGAUAUAAGCAGGAGACUGCAAAUGGCUUGGAAUGAUAAAGGCCUGGAUUUCUGGUUUGCAUUUCUUCAUUCCUUUAUCAUUUCACCCUGGAGCUGCUGCAUAAGGGAAUUUCCUGUCACUGUUUCUCCCAUGUGUGAGACAGAGGUUGGGUGGACUUUUUCUUUCCUCCCCAUUCUCCCCCUCGUCGUCGUUGCAGAGACACAUGCAUAGCAACAGAUAGGCUGCCCCCCUCCCCUAUAGCCACACCCCCCGCACCCCCUUGAGUAAUGACAUCCAGAUUGGGCUGAAAUUAAAGAGAGGCAGGCACAGCGAGGAAGUCAGGAGAGAUAAAAGUCACCCGCCUUGACUGACACGAUGAUUAUAUGUAUAAAGUAAGGCGAUUUAGAGUGUUUAGUUGGAUAUGAAAAUGUGGGGGGAAUAGGUCUUCUUGCCCUUCAUGCCGUGGUGAUGCAGCAGCAGUGGACAAACAGAGUUACUGAGAUGGGGUGAAUGAACUGUACUGUGUAUAAAAAUGUGCCUCAAAACAUCUGCUUCUCAACUCCCCUUGCAUUUUUUGAUGUGGGACAGGCAGAGAAGGAGAGCGGGAGAGAAAACACAAGGAGCCAGCUACCCAGAACAUCAAAGCCCCUGCCCUCAACGUGCAGGCCCUCAUUAGUUCAGCUAGCAGAACCAGCGACUCUUGUGAUUGUAUUUGCUUGGGGUGCGUGCUGGCAGACACAUCAGAGGAAAGGCUUCUUUAAGUCAUAACUCCCCACCCUACCUCUCCCGCCGCCACCCCAGCCCGCCGUAACCCCCCUGUAACCCUCGCCGAGCUCCAAAACCGGGCCUGCUCCCCCGCCAUCCACUCCACCCCGUAAUCUGGUGUGCAGCUGCAAACAUCUGCUCCCCUUUUGAUUCCCCAGCCUUCGCCGCUGAAUUGAUAAACACAUCUUUUACCGGACCGCUGACUGACACGCAACACAGCGGAAGGAGAGAGGCAAAUGUUGGAUUCACCCACGGCUGCCGAGCUGGUUUCAGGUUGUGUCAUUUAAUCACACUGCUUUGGUUCUGGUGGAUAAACAAGCAUCCGGCGCAUGAUAAAACACCAAAACAAUGACUGAAGUAGAUUAAACCAAAGCAGAUAUUAAUUCACUUUGUUCUGUUGCCUCUUGUGUCACUUUUAUUAUCUGUGACACGAGAGUGGCUUCUGCCAGGAAUUAUCACUUGGCAUCCAAUUACAGUCAGGCAAUGACUUAUUCAUAAAGAUGAUUCCUGUGUUAAUUAUUUAAGCAUGCUUGCCAGGAGACUUUAUGUUACUUAGGAUUCAUUGUGUGGCUUCCUGUAAAAUACAAAAAAAUACAUAUUUUCACUGAGAGGAUGGUGUGUUAAUGGUAUGCUGACGGUAAGUUUUUUUCUUCUGGAAUGUGGGAAGACAAAUAACCAUUUUAACAUUUCUUCUAUUGAUCCAAACAGUCUUUAUUUUAUGAGUUUGAGAAAUGUUCUAUCUUUGCCGUAAAAGCUGGAUAAACACUUAGAAUUAGUCUUCAAAAUGUUACAGGUCGGAGAAAGUAAAAUAAAAAUUUAUGUAAGAUAUUUUUUUCCCACCCAUCCAUCCUUCCAUGUGUAAUAUUUACACAAGCAUUGCAUAAUUAGGCUAUUAUUGAAGUACUGUGACAUCUCCAUAAUUUAAAUCAAUGAAAAAGUGAACUUCAUAAAUCAUGUUAAUUAAUUACACACACACUGAUGUAUUUCAAGUGUUUUUCAUUAAUUAGCGGCAAAGCUAGCAGCUAAUUAAAAGUAAAUUUAGUUGUUUUUCUGUUUUCUUCUUGCACUGAUGCAGUACUUUAUGUAAAAGGGUACAUUACUAAAAUUUUGUGAUAAAAUGUCUCCAAUAUUUAAAAGAAAUAAUCACUGGAAAUGUGUAACUCUGUGAGAAAAAAAAACAAGAAGCCAAAUAUAAGUUUCACAUUUUAAAAUGAAUUCCUGAAACAGAUUUUGAAAGGAUUUUCUGCUUUGCUGGAAUGUUCCAAUAAUGUAUAAAUCAAAUGAUAACCUUGUAAUGUUGAUGAUUGUAGUGAUUUUUUUAAAAUAAAUUUGACAAAAGACACGCUAUUGAAGCGUUUGAGAAGA